ACCAUUUUCCUUCCUUUUCAAACAAUGAGGCAUUCAAAAUCAAGCAUUUCCAUUACCCUCCUCCUAUGCCUCUUUCUCCUCUCCCCACAAGCAUUUGCCGAUUCAAACGCUGUCACUGACAGUGCAUUUCUCUUCCAUACAUGUUCCAUCCUCGAAAAUUACACAGCCAAUACCCCUUAUGCUUCCAACUUGAAACAAGCCUUCUAUCAAUUGGCCUCAAACGCCCCUCCCUCCGGCUUCGGCCUCAGCUCCAUCGGCGACGACAUACAGAGCCAAGUCAACGCGUUGGCUCUAUGCCGCGGCGACAUCUCGCCCGCCAAUUGCAAAGCCUGCAUCGACACGGCGAGUAACGAGAUUCAACAACGAUGCCCAAAUGGCAAGGGUGCAUCCAUAUGGUAUGACUUUUGUCUGCUGAAAUACUCCAACACCAAAUUCUUUGGGAAAAUUGAUAAUGGGGUAAGGCUAUACAUGUGGAAUGUUCAAAAGGCAGAAAACCCAGCAACGUUUAAUGAACAAGUCAAGAACUUGCUGAGUGGUUUGGUUGAAAGAGUGGAAGCCACGCCCAAGUUGUAUGUGAUUGGAGAACAGGGGAUUGAAGGGCCUUCGAACAAGUUGUAUGGAUUGGUCCAAUGCACAAGAGACCUGUCUGGCGCCGCUUGCAAGAAGUGCCUUAGUGACGCUGUUGCUGAGCUUCCCAAUUGCUGUGAUGCUAAGAUUGGUGGAAGAGUGAUUGGUGGGAGCUGUAACUUCAGAUAUGAAAUUUACCCCAUCGUUGAUGACCAGAAAUAAAUUUAAAAUAUCUCCUAAGCUAAAUAAUUUAAUAUAUGGAAUAAAAACUCAUGAUUUAAGGUCA